AUGUCUCUCUCACCUGAAAUAUCUGAGUCAAGUGUAUUUACAGGUCCUGGACCAGGCACAUCAUGCGCAUUUGAUGUUAAACAUCUGCCAGCCGUCAACGAAGAGUUUAUCUUGGUAGAUGGGGAGUUUUGCUUUGGCAUCAAUACUCUCGCCUCUUUGUUCAUUUUAACUUACGCACUCAACUGUACCUCUGGACAGAAACUGUGGUCCAUGUUGCAUGCCACGCACAAGGCCCCGGUCAGUAUGACAAAUGUCCUUCCCCAGGUCAUCAGGGACCAAAUGCAUGGUCCCUCCAAUCCUCACCUCGAUUAUUUCCAUUUCUACAAGGACCUCAGUCAAGUUUACACAUCCUUCUCGUCUGCAGCGCGAGUCAAUGCUGAGACAUCAGCGUCCAUGUUUCAAAUGUGGCCCACCCCCCGCCGAUCCAUCAUGAGUCAUCUGAAGCCAGGCCAAAGCCGCAGCUUUCGAGCCAAGCCGGGCCAGGCUGAGGCUAGCACUCACGUGUUUGCCCACUCCGGAGGACCCACCCUCUGUAGAUGCAAAAGUCGAGUCGCAGUCGCAGUCAUGCUCAUGCCUGCACCCGAACUUGAAUUGACACCUGUACCUCCAAUUCCACCACCACCAACGCUUGUGAUUCCAUUCGCAUUUGCACUUGCACUCGGGCCCACAUUCACGUUGUUCGCACUCACAAUAGCAGCUGCAUUCACACCAGGACUCACCACCUCCCCAACAGGCGUCGCAGAAGAAGAAGUGUCCUUCGUCGUCCUUGGUUCUAACAUCGUUCAUGGCCUGUCUAUCCCGUUCUUCAACAUUGGUCAUAGCGCACACUCUCGCAUGACUUCGACAUUUAUUUUGAUCCAUGAACCACCCUUAGAAGGAUGGGGGUGGGGGCGGGGUGUUAUAAUGGACAUUAAGACUCAGCCGAAUAAGAUUAAAAUGUGCAUUCAGACUACCUUGGCUGCCAUUGGAAUGCAUAUGAAAAUCUGGUGA